ACAAAAGUUUUAUCAACUUCUUUGAAUCACAUUCCUAAAGUAAAAAUGUAUAUAAAGCAUCUUCUUUUAAAAGAUUCCGAUGGCUUUAAUUGAGUGUGCAACUUUUCCUUUUUCUUUGCAUCAAUUAUUUUGUGGGAUGUGGGUCCAAUAUUAAACAAUGAAGCUUUGCUUUCCAGCUUUCAAAUUUUGUUUCAUACCUUUGCAAUAUAUUUUAAUUUUCACACAGGUGAUUAGAAAACUGAUAAUAUGAUGGUAAAGGAGUAAACGUGUACAUAAAGAUUCCGAUUAUUUUAAUUGAGUGUGCAACUUUUUCUUUUUCUUUGUAUCAAUUAUUUUGAGGGAUGUGGGUCCAAUAUUAAACAAUGUUAAGCUUUGCUUUCCAGCUUUUCAAAACAUUAUAUUGUCCAUUCAUUCACAUGCUUAGUAGAGAUACUUGCUUCAAAAUUCUGCUAUUAGCUACACAUUUCAUACUACCUGAUUUGCUUUUACAAGAUCAACAGAAGAUGGCUGCAACUAUGAUUGGAGGCGCUUUUCUCUCUGCAACUGUUCAGACCUUAGUUGAGAAACUUGCUUCAACUGAGUUUCGUGAUUACAUCAAAAACACUAAGCUCAAUGUCUCACUCUUGAGGCAGUUACAAGCAACCAUGCUCAAUCUUCAGGCUGUUCUAGAUGAUGCAGAGGAGAAGCAGAUCAGCAAUCCCCAUGUCAAACAGUGGCUUGAUAACUUGAAAGAUGUUGUCUUUGAUGCUGAGGAUUUGCUCAACGAAAUCAGUUACGAUUCCCUGCGAUGCAAGGUGGAGAAUGCAAAAGCUCAAAACAAAACUAAUCAGGUGUGGAACUUCCUUUCUUCUCCUUUUAAUAGUUUUUACAAAGAGAUCAAUUCCCAGAUGAAGAUCAUGUGUGAUAGCUUGCAACUUUAUGCACAGAAUAAAGAUAUACUUGGUUUGCAAACUAAAAGUGCUAGAGUUUCUCGUAGAACACCUUCUAGUUCAGGGGUAAAUGAAUCUGUCGUGGUGGGUAGGAAGGGUGACAAAGAGACAAUAAUGAACAUGUUGCUAUCUCAAAGAGACACAACCCAUAACAAUAUAGGUGUUGUUGCAAUUUUGGGCAUGGGAGGUUUAGGAAAAACUACCCUUGCCCAACUUGUUUACAAUGAUGAAGAAGUUCAACAACAUUUUGAUAUGAGGGCGUGGGCUUGUGUGUCUGAGGAUUUUGAUAUUUUGAGAGUAACCAAGUCUCUCCUUGAAUCGGUCACUUCCAUAACAUGGGAUAGCAAUAAUCUUGAUGUCCUUCGAGUUGCGUUAAAGAAAAACUCAAGGGAGAAAAGAUUUUUGUUUGUGUUGGAUGAUUUGUGGAAUGACAAUUAUAAUGAUUGGGGUGAACUAGUAAGUCCCUUCAUUGAUGGAAAACCCGGAAGCAUGGUGAUUAUAACAACACGCCAACAAAAAGUUGCUGAGGUGGCACACACAUUUCCAAUACAUAAAUUAGAUCUUCUAUCAAAUGAAGAUUGUUGGUCUUUACUCUCAAAGCAUGCAUUGGGAAGUGAUGAGUUUCACCAUAGUUCAAACACAGCCCUUGAAGAAAUAGGCAGGAAGAUUGCAAGAAAGUGUGGAGGAUUGCCAAUAGCUGCUAAAACAAUAGGAGGACUUCUACGUUCAAAGGUAGACAUAAGUGAGUGGACUUCAAUUUUGAACAGUGACAUAUGGAACUUAUCAAAUGAUAAUAUUCUUCCUGCAUUGCAUUUGAGUUAUCAAUAUCUUCCCUCUCAUUUGAAAAGAUGCUUUGCAUAUUGUUCAAUUUUUCCAAAGGAUUGCCCACUCGAUAGGAAGCAAUUGGUUUUGUUGUGGAUGGCAGAAGGCUUCCUUGAUUGUUCUCAACGGGGGAAAAAGAUGGAGGAAUUAGGUGAUGAUUGUUUUGCUGAAUUGUUAUCGAGAUCGUUAAUUCAACAAUUAAGCGAUGAUGAUCGUGGGGAAAAAUUUGUCAUGCAUGACCUUGUCAAUGAUUUAGCUACAUUCGUAUCAGGAAAAAGUUGUUGCAGGCUUGAAUGUGGUGACAUCCCUGAAAAUGUUCGUCACUUCUCAUAUAACCAAGAAAACUACGACAUUUUCAUGAAGUUUGAGAAAUUACACAAUUUUAAAUGUUUGCGAAGCUUCCUAUUUAUUUGCUUGAUGAAGUGGAGGGACAAUUACUUAUCCUUCAAGGUGGUUAAUGAUUUGCUACCAUCACAAAAAAGGUUGCGUGUGUUAUCACUAUCGAGGUAUAAAAACAUCAUCAAGCUACCUGAUUCAAUUGGAAAUUUGGUGCAGUUGCGGUAUCUAGAUAUCUCAUUCACUGGAAUCAAAAGCUUGCCUGAUACAAUAUGUAACCUUUACAAUUUGCAGACCUUGAAUUUAUCAGGUUGUAGGAGUCUCACUGAAUUGCCAGUGCAUAUUGGAAAUUUAGUCAAUUUACAUCACCUUGAUAUAAGUGGGACUAACAUAAAUGAGUUGCCUGUGGAAAUCGGGGGACUAGAAAACCUUCAAACUCUCACCCUCUUUUUAGUAGGUAAGUGCCACGUAGGGUUAAGUAUCAAAGAGCUAAGGAAAUUCCCAAACCUACACGGAAAACUUACCAUCAAGAACCUGGAUAAUGUUGUUGAUGCCCGAGAGGCACACGAUGCCAACCUGAAAAGCAAAGAGCAAAUUGAGGAGUUAGAGCUGAUAUGGGGAAAACAUAGUGAAGAUUCGCAAGAAGUGAAAGUUGUGCUCGAUAUGUUGCAACCACCAAUAAAUCUGAAGGUGCUUAAAAUUGACUUGUAUGGUGGGACAAGUUUUCCGAGUUGGUUGGGAAGUUCUUCGUUUUAUAACAUGGUAUCUCUCAGUAUCAGUAAUUGUGAAAAUUGUGUGACACUUCCAUCCCUAGGGCAGUUACCUUCUCUCAAGGACAUAGAAAUACGUGGUAUGGAGAUGUUGGAGACAAUUGGCCUGGAGUUCUAUUAUGCCCAGAUUGAAGAAGGAUCUAAUUCUUCCUUCCAACCAUUCCCAUCCCUUGAGCGUAUAAAGUUCGACAACAUGCUCAAUUGGAAUGAAUGGAUUCCCUUUGAAGGCAUAAAAUUUGCUUUUCCUCAACUUAAGGCAAUAGAGUUACGUGAUUGUCCAAAACUAAGGGGAUAUUUGCCCACCAACCUUCCUUCCAUAGAAGAAAUUGUAAUAUCAGGUUGUUCUCAUCUAUUGGAAACACCAUCUACUCUGCGUUGGUUGUCUUCAAUAAAAAAAAUGAAUAUCAAUGGGCUUGGUGAAAGUUCCCAAUUGUCAUUGCUUGAGAGUGAUUCUCCGUGUAUGAUGCAAGAUGUAGAGAUUGAAAAGUGUGUUAAGCUAUUAGCUGUGCCAAAAUUGAUUAUGAGAAGCACUUGUCUUACACACUUGAGACUCGAUUCACUUUCUUCUCUCAAUGCAUUUCCAUCAAGUGGUCUACCCACUUCAUUGCAAUCACUUGAUAUUGAAAAUUGUGAGAAUUUAUCCUUCCUACCUCCUGAAACAUGGAGCAACUACACAUCACUUGUGAGUCUUCGGUUCUAUCGUAGCUGUGAUUCACUUAAAUCCUUUCCACUCGAUGGUUUCCCUGUGCUCCAAACACUUGACAUUGAUGAUUGGAGAAGUCUGGAUUCCAUUUAUAUUUUAGAAAGGUCUUCACCUCGGUCGUCAAGCCUCCAAUCACUUCGGAUCAAAUCCCAUAAUUCAAUUGAAUUAUUUGAAGUCAAGCUUAAGAUGGACAUGCUCACCGCUCUUGAAGAUUUGCAUAUGAAAUGCCAAAAGUUGUCAUUUUCUGAAGGAGUUUGUCUACCUCCCAAAUUAAGAACAAUUGUGAUUUCUACCAAAAAAACAGCACCGCCGGUUACGGAAUGGGGUCUCCAAUAUUUGACAGCUCUUUCAUCAUUGUGGAUUGUAAAGGGUGAUGAUAUAUUUAACACCUUGAUGAAGGAGUCAUUGCUACCCAUCUCCCUUGUGUCUCUAAAUAUCAUGGUUCUCUCUGAAAUGAAGUCCUUUGAUGGAAAUGGGCUUCGACACCUCUUCUCUCUCCAAUAUCUCUAUUUUGCGGGUUGUCAACAGCUUGGGUCAUUGCCAGAAAACUGCUUCCCUUCCUCACUGAAAUCACUUAAAUUUGUUGAUUGUAAGAAGCUUGAGUUAAUUCCAGUAAACUGCCUCCCAUCAUCGCUGAAAUCACUUAAAUUUGUUGAUUGUAAGAAGCUUGAGUCAUUACCAGAAAACUGCCUCCCAUCAUCGCUGAAAUCACUUGAAUUGUGGAAAUGUGAAAAGCUAGAGUCAUUACCAGAAGACAGCCUCCCUGACUCACUGAAGAGACUGGACAUUUAUGGAUGUCCAUUGUUAGAAGAAAGGUAUAAAAGGAAGGAACAUUGGUCCAAAAUUGCUCACAUCCCUGUCAUAGAAAUAAAUGACCAGGUUACAAUAUGAUAGACAAGUUGUGUUCCCAUUUCAGGUAUGUUCCACAGUUCCUACCAGAAAGCCAAUAAUCAAUCCUCUGUAUGAGAUUUAAUGAUCUCUCAAAAUUCAAUUUUUUGUAUACCUUUUGCUGCAACUUUUGAUCUCUCAUAAUUCAGCUGGAAUAACUCAAUACAUUUAGCUAUGUAAUGUGCUUGUGAAUAAAACUAGAAUUAAUUUUUUGUUCUAA